AUGGUGAAAGUACUGGCACUAAGCGUUGUGAGAACAGGAACAGAGCUUCCAGAGCCUAUUAUCUGCUCGUUGGCGACUGAAUUGUCCUCAUUCGGAUUUUUCCAACGGCCGAGCGUCAAAGAAAUGAUUACAUUCUUGACCAAGACAUUCAUAAAGAGAACAGAAAGCGGACAGCGUCAAUCCAUCACUCACGAAGGAUACGUAGUUCACUGCUACGUCCGAUCCGAUGGACUUGCUGGAACCGUGACGACUGACAUGGAAUAUCCUGCUCGUGUCGCCUUUGUUCUGCUGGGUCAACUGUUGGAAGACUUUACCGCAGAAGCUGGGGACUCGUGGAAAUCAUGCACCGUUCCUGAAAGCAUGGCAUAUCCAAAGGGAGAAGAAUACUUGCAAAAAUACCAAAACCCUGCUGAAGCUGAUAAGGUUACCAAAAUUCAAAAGGAUUUGGAUGAGACAACUCAAAUUUUGCACAAGACCAUUGACAGCGUUUUGGAACGUGGAGUCAAGUUGGAUAACCUUGUGGAGCGAUCCAAUGAUUUGUCGGCACAAUCCAAAAUGUUUUACAAACAGGCGAAGAAGACAAACAGUUGUUGUGUCAUCAGUUAG